AUGGAUAUGAAACAAAAUCAUCAUGGAAUUAAUUCAACAGUAAUCUUAGAUGGAAAUUCAAUUCAUCGUUUAAUUCAAUUUGUUCAUAAUCUUGAAGAAAAAUUAUUAUCUGUUAAAACAACACAUGAACAAUUACAUGAAUUAAUGACGGUUGUAUCUAAAACACAUGAAACUAUUGUUGAUGAAUUAACAACAAUUAAAAUGGUUUUAAAUGAAAAACAAAAUCAAAAUGAGACAAGUCCAGUUAAUAAUAAUUAUGAUGAAGAAGAAGAAGAAGAUGAAGAAGACGAGGAAAUAGAAGAACGUCAUACACCAGUUUCAAUAAAACAAGUUGAAUCAAAAUCAUUAACAAAUUUAAGCUCAACAAAUCGUCCAAUAGAACAAGCAUCUUUAUGUUCAUCAUCGACAAAUUCUUUAACUUCAGAAUCUCGUACAAAUUCAUCAUCAAUUAAACGUUCAUCAAGUUUAAAAAAAUCUGAUCCAAGAAUAAAAUCAGCUAAAUCAGUUAGUUUUAAUUUCAAUGAAAAUAAAGAUUCUCAACCAUCAAAUAUUGAGAAACCAUCAACAGAAUCAAAUGAAACCUUUGAAGAAUUAACAACAUCAGUUAUACCAUACAACAGACAAAAUUCUGAUCUUAUGCCUGAUCUAUUUAAACAACAUCAUAAAGAAAUUACAAAUAAACCAACUAUUGGUUAUAAAAUGGGAAGUGCAUUAGUAAAUGUUCGUAUACAUGAAAUCGAACCGACCAAUGGAGAAUAUCUUCGAUUACUUAAUAUAUCGAAUUCGGAUGAUUAUGAUUUAGGUGGACAUUUUCUUCAACAAAAUAUUGCUUGUGCACCAGUUUGCCGUUUUCGAUUUCCCUAUAAUACAAUUAUUCGAGCAGGACAAACUGUUACGGUUUGGUGUGGUGCAUUAAGAGAUAUUGAACCACAACCUCCGCAUCUAUUCGUAUGGAAAGAUCAGAGACGAUGGGAAACAGGACCAGAAUGUGUAACGAUCUUAGCUAAACCGAAUGGACAGGUAUUUGAAUUCUUUUUUAAACUAAAUUUUUUGUUAAAAUUCUAA